AUGCUGACAGUGUUCCUCCGUCUCCCUUACCGUCCUCACCGUCCUCACCAAAUAUUAGAAAAUAUUUUAAUAUUUAUACCGGAACCAAAUAAUCUAGCAUUGGUAUGUCGCCAAUUUUACAAUAUAACUUUAACUUCGCCAAUUUUUAAGCGUCGUUGGCUAAGGAAUUGGUUAAAUCCAAAACUACCCGAUGCAUUCUUACCAAAAUAUUCUGACUUGUGUAGAGCAGUCAAAACAAAAACACCAUUUCAUAUAUUGAUGCAAAUAAUAGAUUUAAUUAAAAUACACGAGAAACCCUUGGCUUCAUCUAAUAAUGGUUCAAUAACAAAACUGUUUGAAUGUGCAAGUCAACACAAAGAAGAUUAUUUAUUAAUACCCUAUCUAAUUCAUAAAGGUUUAAUGAUUGAACGAUAUAUAAAAGAUUUAUGUUACGAAGACUUUUUAUUAACAAAGGAGGGAUCUGAUCCCGAUAAGAAAUCUCAAAAAGACUAUUUGUCCAAUUUGAUUACACCAAUCAAAACUUCAAAAGAAUUUAAAAAUCAAUUAGCAAAUUCAAAGACCUUCUUCCAAGAUACAGAUUUAGCAUUCUCUAUCGUAUUACAUGAACGGUUGGAUAUUGCAAGCUUGUUAGCUUUACAUCCUCAACACACAUUAGACGUAUUGGAAGAAUGUGUUGACAGACAAUACACCAAAGGUAUUGCAUGGGCAUUUAGGCAAGGGGUUGGUGAAUUACAAAAAAACAACACAUUAUAUUUAAGAUUAUGCAUUGAUGAAGCAGAUGUUGAAUCAAUUAAAACGAUCAUCCAAUCAGGUGCAAAUCUUGAUAUACCACCUCCAAACGACUUGUUAAAUUUUGGCUCAACAAGUCUAUUGGAAUUUUCUAUUCAAUGCUAUUUAAAAAAUGAAAACUACGUAAAAAGAAGAUACAUAAUUGAACUAUUAUUGAAAUCAGGUGCAAAUCCAAACGCUGAUAACGGUAGACCGUUGUCAUUAUGUUUGAUACAUCAUGAUUGGGAAUUGACAAAAUUAUUGACAGAUCAUGGUGCUAACAUGAAUUGUGAGGAUAUGAUUUCUAUUAGAAUGGCCAAUUUGUUCAUUAAAAGAUCAAAAAAAUAUUGUUCAGAACUUAAAUGGACAAAAAAACUUCGUCGAAAAAGUUCAAAUUUAAAUGGAAAAUUUAAAAACUACAUUCAUGAACGACACUGA